CAUUGGCAAAAUGGCGACCCUCCUACCUCCCCCGACCAAGCGCCAGAAGACGGAAAUCGCCGAGAAGGCUCGGCUGCAACAAGAGAUCCAGAGCAUCCCGGACAAUCUGGGAAGCAUCCGAGUGCAAUUCUUCGACCAAGCAACCGGGUCGACCACGGGCCCCGCGGUGUCAGUGCCUGUGGCCGAUGCCAAUGUUAAGAAUCUCGAGACGCUCCUCAACACCCUACAAGGCAAUGAAGAUGAUGAACGGGUACCCUAUCGGUUCAGUUACCAAUCCGAAGACAAAGACAAUCAGACAAUCGAUAUUCUAGCAGAUCUCUAUCACUCCCUCCUACAGCCCGGGGUCAAAACUACCGAAGAUACCGUCCACCUGUACUACACCCCGCAAGCGGUUUUUCGAGUCAAGGCCGUGUCGCGCUGCUCGGCGUCCAUCGCUGGUCAUGGCGAAGCUAUCCUGGCAACAUCUUUCUCCCCGGCCUCUUCGUCUACCAUGGUCACAGGAAGUGGCGAUGCCACCGCGCGGGUUUGGGACUGCGACACCGGAACCCCUCUGCAUACGCUGAAGGGACACACCAGCUGGGUUCUGGCGGUCGCCUACUCGCCCAACGGGGCCCUCAUCGCGACGGGAAGUAUGGACAACAGUGUACGACUCUGGGACGCCAAGAAGGGACAGGCAUUAGGUGGACCGUUGAAAGGACACGCGAAAUGGAUCACCAGUCUGGCAUGGGAGCCAUACCAUAUGCAAGAGUCGGGCCGGCCGCGCCUGGCGUCGGCAUCCAAGGAUUCCACCGUCCGGAUCUGGGACGUGGUCUCCAAACGAAUCGACACCGUGCUCACGGGCCAUAAGGGCUCCGUCACCUGCGUGCGAUGGGGUGGAACGGGGAAAAUUUACACCUCUUCGCAUGACAGAACCAUCAAGGUGUGGAACGCCCAGAACGGAACCCUGAUCCAGACGCUCUCCGCGCACGCGCACCGCGUCAACCAUCUGGCUCUGUCGACCGAUUUCGUGCUUCGAACCGCCUACCAUGACCACACGGGUCAAGUACCUGCCACGGAGUCUGAGAAGGUGGCCGCCGCCAAGAAGCGAUUUGAACAGGCAGCCACGAUCAACAACAAGAUCGUGGAGAAGUUGGUCUCGGCCAGUGACGAUUUCACCAUGUACCUGUGGGAGCCGGAGACCUCUAGCAAACCGGUGGCGCGGCUGCUGGGCCAUCAGAAAGAGGUCAACCACGUCACAUUCUCCCCCGACAUGUCCUAUAUCGCGUCGGCAGGAUUCGACAACCACGUCAAAUUGUGGAACGCUCGCGACGGAAAAUUCAUUACCACAUUCAGAGGCCAUGUCGGUGCCGUCUACCAAUGUUGCUUUUCGGCAGAUUCUCGGCUCCUAGUAUCCUCGUCCAAAGAUACCACGCUCAAGAUCUGGAAUUUGCGCACCGGGAAGCUCGCCAUGGACCUCCCAGGGCACAAGGACGAAGUGUAUGCGGUGGACUGGAGUCCGGACGGACAAAAGGUCGGCAGCGGCGGAAAAGACAAGGCCGUCCGGAUAUGGAGGAAUUAAUGUAGAUACGAAGCAAUAGAAAAAAUUGCGAUACCCAUG